AUGUCGGGCGCCCUGAGCAAGAGGAGCGACUUGGCCAAUGACAACAGCUGCCUGGGGCUGAGCCUGGCCCUGGUGGGGCCCCCGGGCGGCCCAGUCCUGCCGCACAAGGGCCACUGCAACACCUACCGCUGCGUGGAGCUGCAGGGCAUCCUGGGCCUGGAGGAGCCCUCCAACACCAAGUGGGUGAAGGAUGGGCAGAACCAGCUGCGGCAGGCGGCAGAGCGCGGCCGCGACCAGAACCGCAACGAGCUGAGCCCCCCCACCAAGGAGCUGAGCGCCUUGCUCAUCCCGCUGGAGCCCAAGGACGGUGCCGAAAAGCGGGAGGAGGAGGAGGAGGAGGACAGCGACGAGGAGGGCGAGGAUGAGGAGGGCUCCACGCCCGUCCAGAGCGAGCCCGCCACGGAGUCCGAGCAGAGUUCCGAGCGGGCCGUGUCCCGCGGGGACCAGGCCCGCAGCGCCAGCCUCCUCUUCGGCACGCGCACCAGCGGCACCAGUGACGAGGACUCCAGCUGGGCCACCCUCAGCCAGGGCAGUCCGGCCGGCAGCUCCCCCGACGAAGCAGAUUCCUUCUGGCUGUGCAACUCCCUGGAGACGAGCUCCGAUCUCCCAGCAGGGUGGAUGCGGGUUCAGGACACCUCUGGCACCUACUACUGGCACAUCCCAACUGGCACCACACAGUGGGAGCCCCCCUUGGGGACCGGGACUGGCGACUCCACAGGGAAUACCCCCUCCAAGGAGGCACAGUUCACCUGGAUGGAGCUUGGGCCUGCCGACCAGGAGUGCUCGGUGGAUGCCGAUUGCUGGAAGGAGGUGCCGUCCACAGAGGCGACCCCCGAGCCCCCGCUGGAGGAGGGGCAGCCCAGCUUGCCGACGGGCCCCCCUGCGGCUUGCUCGCCCGUGGGAGGGGAGCGCGAGGAGGAAGCCCAGUUCCCGGACCUCCCGCCCGGCUCCAAGUGCUUCCGGGUGCGCUCCCUGGGCUGGGUGGAGAUGUCGGAGGAGGAGCUCGCGCUGGGCCGGAGUAGUGCCGCCGUCAACAGCUGCAUCCGGCAGCUCUCGGGCCGGGAUGUGGAUGCCCAUGGAGCCUGGCCAGAGGGCAAGGCCAUGCUCCUGGUCCUGGAGAAGGAGGCACUGAAGCUCUUGCACCCCGAGGAGGGGACCGUGCUGCACGCGCAGCCCAUCGCCACGAUCCGUGUCUGGGGCGUCGGGCGGGACAGCGGCAGGGACUUCGCCUACGUGGCCCGGGACCAGCUGGCCCAGAUGCUGAAGUGCCACGUCUUCCGCUGCGAUGCGCCCGCCAAGAACAUCGCCACGGGCCUCCGCGAGAUCUGCUCCACGAUCGUGACCGAGCGGCGGAUCGCGCAGGCUCCCCUGCAUGGGCACCUGCUGGAUCACUCCAAGCUGGUGGACGUCCCCUUCCAAGUGGAGUUUCCAGCCCCGAAAAGCGAGCUGGCCCAGAAGUUCCCGGUCUUCUACUUGGGGAGCAUCUCUGUGGCGAAGCCCGUGGGCAUGGACGUCAUCAACGCGGCCCUCGAGGUGGCGCUGGAAGGCGGCGGCAAGGACCGGUGGACACCCAGCCAGCUCAGCGUGGCCCCCGCCACGCUCACGCUCACGCACCAGCAGACGGAGGCCGUGCUGUGCGAGUGCCGCGUGCGCUUCCUCUCCUUCAUGGGCAUUGGGAAGGAUGCCCGCUCCUUCGCCUUCAUCAUGGCCGCCGCCCCCGGGACCUUCUACUGCCAUACGCUCUGGUGCGAGCCCAACGCUGCCGGCCUGAGCGAGGCUGUGCAGGCUGCCUGCAUGCUCCGCUACCAGAAGUGCUUGGACGCCCGGCCCCAGAGCACCAGCUCCUGCCUGCCGGCCCCCCCUGCCGACUCCGUGGCCCGCCGUGUGGGCUCCACAGUGAAGAGGGGCGUGCAGAGCCUGUUGGGCACCCUCAAGCCCAAGCGCCAGGGGGCCCAGACCCCGUGAGCCUCCGGUGGGCGGCCCGGCAGGGGUCCCUCUCCCUGGUGCGCAGCUCCGCGUGUCCGAGGCCUGCGUGCAGCUGCCCAAGCGGGGGCUGCCACAUUCCUCGUGAGCUGCGGGGGGCUCCCGCGACCCCCCCCCCGGUCCGGGUGCCCCCGCCGGCCAGGCGCCUGCCCUCGGCACAAGCAUCCUGGCCGCUGGACAGCGCCCUCCGCAGCUGCGCAGGGCGGAGGGGCAGGCGAGGGCUGCCCUCCU